AUGUCUACUGGAAGUCCCAACCCGCAAUCCGUGACCAUCAUCGGUGCAGGCAAUUCUGGUUGUGCCUUUGUAGCUGAUCUAGCCAGCCGUGGAUUUUCUGAUAACGGCUGCCGGUUGAACGCGAGGGGAUAUUUUAUCAGUGGAAAGUUUGAGAUCAAAACUACCUGCGAUGCUUCGCUGGCCAUUAAGCAUUCUCCCUUCCUGAUCUUCAGCCAGUUUGACCUGAGCAAGCACACCCUCAUUGUUAACUCUGGCAACUUCUUCUACCUUGCUGCCCGUCUGAAGAUUAGAUGUCACACCAUUCUCGAAGCCAACACCUCGGCCUAUGCCGGUAUCAAAAAGAGCCUUAUCAUAUGGGCCGGGGCCCCCACUAUGCAAAGUGAGCGCCAAAGCCCCCAAGCCGAACUCGCUUUCCACCAGCAGGUUCAGUCUAUCUUCUCACCGAACUUGGUGUGGUGCAAGAACCUCCUCGAGGUUGGACUGAAUAAUGUUAACCCCGUCGUGCACUCCCCUACUAUUCUCAUGAACGCCGGCUGCAUCGAAUCCACCGUGGGCGACUUCUACUUCUAUGGUCAGGGUAUGUCGCCCGCUGUGUCCAAGGUUAUUGAAAAGGCAGACCAGGAGCGACUAACCAUCAGUCGUGCCUAUGGCUUCGAGAUUGUCGACGCCACGACCCAACCCAGCCAAAACUACCAGUACGACCGGGAAUUCCGCAACUUCCACGAGUUCGAGUAG